AUGUGGCACCAAGGUGCGAUCCCAAACCGCACCAUACCCUAUAGUCUAAGCAAUUUACUGGUGAGAAGUAGAACACGUGUAUUAAAGAAACAAACACGUGUGUUACCGAUACGUCGCCGUUCCUUUAUUGCAACGGCACUUCCAAUUUCGUGUCGUAGUCGGAGUCUCCACCACAGACAUCGGUGUUUGUUCUAUACUGAGAUCCUCCGCCACAAUCCUGCUAAAACCCUAGAAUCCGAACCCCCAGAUCCCAAAUCUAACUAUUCGAAUCUAUUACACCCGAUUCCUGCCAUACAUUAG